UUCCUCUUCCGACUAGAGGCGGGGCCGCGGCGCUAGCGGGAAAUCCGGGCUAGAGGUAAUCCGCUGGCUGCCGCGGCGGGAAUGGCCCGCUUGGGGAACCUCGUCCUGCGACCCUGGAUUCGAGAGCUAAUUCUGGGGUCAGAGGCACUUUCAAGCCCGCGGGCGGGGCAGCUGCUCAAGGUACUGCAGGAGGCCGAAACCCCGGGCCCGUCCCGCGCCUCCGACACGUCUCACGUCGACACCGCGCUGCUUGUGUCCGAUGGGACCCACAGUAUCCGAUGUCUGGUGACGCGAGAAGCCCUGAACGCCUCGGACUGGGAGGAGAAGGAGUUCGGUUUUCAAGGGGCAGAAGGUCGGCUGCUGCUGCUGCGGGACUGCGGGGUUCGCGUCCAAGUCGCCGAGGGAGGCGCGCCCGCAGAGUUCUACCUCCAGGUGGACCGCUUCAGCUUGUUGCCCACAGAGCAGCCCCGGGAACAGGUGAUUGGUUGCAACCAGGAUCCAGAUGUGCAGAAAAAGCUUUAUGACUGCUUGCAGGAGCACCUUUCAGAGUCUACCUCUCCCAGUGCAGGCAUUUCACUGUCCCAACUUCUGGAUGAGGUAGAGGAGGACCAGGAGCAUCGUGGGGCACUAGUGCAACUGGCUGAGAGCUGUCUGAUGCUGGCAGGCCCUUGCACGGCAGCCCCCCUCACCCGCUGGGCUGCCUCCCGCUGCAAGGCCACGGGAGAAGCUGUGUACACCAUCCCCAGCCUGUGGCUGCGCAUCUCUGAGAAUGAGCAGCGGAUCCUGAGCUGUCUGGGCCCAGGUCAGAGGGCACAGGGCCCUGAGCUACCCCCGCCACACCCAGCUCUGCAGGACCUGUCUCUGGCCCUGAUCUCCUCUCCUCCUUCCUCACCCUGUUCCUCAGGAACCCCUGCCUUACUCAGCCACAUGUUGUCAGAGGAAAGCGGUGCCAGCAUCAGCCUUCUGCCGGCCCUGCCCUUGGAUGCUCCAGACCCAGUGCUUAAGGGCAGCUCCCAGCCCCUGUCAGCCGUCUGCUCAGCUCCUGGCCCCUUACCCCCUGACUCUGUACCCAACUCCCCAUUCCUGAGCUGCACUCCAAAUCUGUCACCCCUUGGCCAUGUCCCCAGUCCACACCAGGCCCAUGUAACCAAGGCCCAGAAACCUAGCUUGGAGUUCAAGAAGGUAGAGUUACCUCCCAAGGCCUGGCAUCGCUCCCCAAGGACAAGAACCACCAAGGAAGCCCUGGAGUCCAGUCCUAUGUGGGACCCCCCAAAGAGGCAUCGUGAUGGUUCCACCUUCCAGUAUGAGUACGAGUCCCCCUGUCCCUCCCUCUGUGCCCAGGUCCAAACUGUCAGGCUCCCUCCCCAGCUCGUAGCCUGGGCCUUGCACUUUUUGAUGGAGCCACAACUGGAAUCUGAACUAACCCAGGUGUGAGGGGUCCUGUGAACACGUGGGAGGAUGUGUACGCACAGGUCUGUGCUUGGGGGUAGAUAAACAGUGCUCCACACUGGU